AUGGAGCACCUCAGUGAAUUCGUGUCCAAGUCGUUUCGUCAGCAGGAGUGUUUCUCCACUGAACACGCCGGAAUUUUCCGGGAUCAGCCAGUGGACGGCCGAGUGUCGCCGAACAGAAAAUUGAGCAAUUUCGGGCGCCCUGGCGUCCACCAAGGUUCUGCAGGCUUCGGCAUCCUCGCCAAUUUGGCAAGUCGUGGACCUACGCGAAUAUCUCGAGUGGGGGAAUAUCGGCUAUCAAGUCCUCUGCUCACAUCGUUGGACUUGCAAGCCGGAGAAAUGAACUCGGGCAACGCUGCGAGUUUGUCCGCUAUUCGACGGAGUUUGCAGCAAAUGCCGACUCAGGCGUCCAUGCUGAACCAACUCAGACCUACGCGAAUAUCUCGAGUGGGGGAAUAUCGGCUAUCAAGUCCUCUGCUCACAUCGUUGGACUUGCAAGCCGGAGAAAUGAACUCGGGCAACGCUGCGAGUUUGUCCGCUAUUCGACGGAGUUUGCAGCAAAUGCCGACUCAGGCGUCCAUGCUGAACCAACUCAGUUCAGUCAUGAAUUGGCCGAAUUUUACGUUGCCCUUGGGAUGGCAGCGGUCUUUGUUUGACAAAAUGAACUCACAGGUGAAUUCGAUGACCGCGGAAGAGUUGAGAACAACUCCGACUCGCGAACCGAGUUCAGAUCCGAAAAUGUUCAGGAUGACCGAGCAGGAUAACAAUCGGAUCGAGUCUCCCGAGAACGAGGUGACUGUUGACGUGGAGGAGUCCGACAUUAAAGAAUCGGACGGAAGUCCGGAAACCAUAGACGUGCAGGGUAAUGACGCGGACUUUUCGCCCGGCAAAUCCAUCAGCACGCCGUCGGAAGACGAAGUGAAUCACGACAAGGAGCAAAUGUCGCGGGUGUGUCGCAAGGCUGACUCCUUCGACGCGCUCAAUAAGCAGUCGUCGCUGACGUCUGACGCGACCCAGCUUGACCCGUCGUCCAACGACGAGCGGGACGUGGAUAAGUUCGACAAUCGACAGGCGUCCGCGUCACCGCCGCCAGUCAAUCAUGGGGCGGCGAAAGUCAAGCAACGUCGGUCGAGGACCAACUUCACGCUGGAGCAGCUCAACGAGCUGGAGCGGCUCUUUGACGAGACUCAUUACCCAGACGCUUUCAUGAGGGAGGAGCUGAGUCAGCGCCUCGGGCUCUCAGAAGCUCGUGUUCAAAAAUAUAAACCGAAGGAAUAA